GAUCCAACAAUCAAAAAAGAUUCACUCAAAGCAUCUCAAUAUGUCUUCUUUCCAGGAAUUUGACCGUUCUCGCUGGACCUCCCGCCGUGCAAAUCUUUCAGGAACGCCAUCUUCUUCAUCUGAAGUAACCAUUCACUACAUCUUAUGCCAUCCUCCUUCCAACGUUACCUCGAAGGGUACCAUACUUCUUAUACAUGGCUAUCCAGAAACGUCGUAUCAAUUUCGACAUGUCAUCACGCCCCUUGCAGACACAGGAUACACAGUCGUCGCCCCCGAUUACCGCGGAGCAGGCGAAUCAUCUCAUCCUCGAAAAGGAUAUGAGAAGGUUCAAAUGGCAACUGAUCUCCACGAAGUUAUCCAAAAGGAUCUAGAUAUUAAAGACAAAAUCCACGUGGUUGGUCACGAUAUCGGUGGGAUGGUUGCUCAUGCAUAUGCAGCCCAGUUUCCUAAAGAUACAGCGUCUGUUGCGUGGGGAGAAUGUCCUCUUCCAGGAACAGACGCUUAUAACAACGCUGUUAAAGAAGGUAUUACGGGAGGUCUGUGGCAUUUUGUAUUUCAUUGGCAAACAGAUUUACCUGAAGCUCUCACUGCUGGCCGAGAGAACAUUUACAUUAAAUCUUUCUACGAUCGCCUAUGCUACAAUGCUUCGGCUUUCUCUCCAAAUGAUGUAGAGCACUAUGCAAGUAAGUUUGCUCAACCGGGUGGAAUGCGUGCGGGAUUCGAUUUGUAUCGUGCGUUUCACCAAGAUGCUGAAGAUAAUCUUCGUAUGCUGAAGGGUGGGAAGUGUAAGGUUCCAAGUAUGUCUUUGAUGGGAGAAAAGAGUUUCUUGGCAACUAUCGCGAAUCAACAAAAUGAACAGAUGUAUGAGACUACUUCGUCCGCUAGUAUCCCUGGCUCGGGCCAUUGGUGUGCGGAGGAGAAUCCGGCUGGUUUUGUGGAAGCUGUGCUUAAAUGGACGAGCAAGAACUCGUGAUUUACGUUGUUAUUUGUUGUUGCUCUUGUUCUGAUCUCGGGGUCGAAUUAAACCCCGUUAUCAAAUCAUCUCAUUAUUCCUAUCUAUUCACCCUAUAUGUAAUUUUGGCAAAAGUCAGGGCGGCAUUUCCUAACAAUUAGUUGGGGUACGACUAGGUUCCAGAUAUCUAGAAAUCGAGAAUCUUUGAGAAGUCCACUCUUGACUCUUGAAUAUUCCUACUUCAAAAACAUUGUUCUACAUUUUUGUUCUGCCAGCCAAACCCUUUCUUUCAGGUAGAGUAGGUGAUAAAUUUCUCAGUGCUGGAAUCUGGAAUCA